AUGUGUGGUGAUGAUGAUGGUGAGGAUGAUGAUGGUGAGGACGAUGAUGGUGAGGAUGAUGAUGGUGAGGACGAUGAUGGUAAGGACGAUGAUGGUAAGGAUGAUGAUGGUAAGGACGAUGAUGGUAAGGACGAUGAUGGUAAGGACGAUGAUGGUGAGGACGAUGAUGGUAAGGACGAUGAUGGUAAGGAUGAUGAUGGUAAGGACGAUGAUGGUAAGGACGAUGAUGGUAAGGACGAUGAAGGUAAGGACGAUGAUGGUAAGGACGAUGAUGGUAAGGAUGAUGAUGGUAAGGACGAUGAUGGUAAGGAUGAUGAUGGUAAGGACGAUGAUGGUGAGGACGAUGAUGGUGAUGAUAUUCUGCCUCGUCACGCCGCAUCGUCUUACAGUCGCCGGACACAACAAGCUUUUUUCUACCCUGAACCUGUGGCUUGA